AUUUUAGAGGUUAUAAAAAAUCAAAAUGUAUUUAUAAAGAAACCUUUAAAUAAUAGUCAUAAUUAUGAUUAUUAUAAGAAAUAUCAAACAUUUAAGUGGAUUUUCUGUUACACAUAUUGUGUUAGCCCUGCGAUAAACUGGCAGCCUGUCUUUGUCCUGUAUCAGCUGGGAUAGGCUUCAUCCUCCCGCAACCCUGAAUUGGAUACAUUGUAUUCCAAUUAUGUAAUCUGAUCAUUUACAAACUCAAGGUAUCUAAUCAAAAUGUAAGUAAUAAUUAUAAAAUGGGAAAGCAGAAAUAAGUGUGACAUGAAUGUAAAUGUGUGAGCUGACAUAGAGGACAGCUACAUGCAGUCUGAAAAACCUUUGUUGUCAAGUUUGCAGGUAUAUCAGCACGAGACAUUCUUACAUAGAAGAGACAUUAAAGUCUCUAACUCAGUGAAGCAUUAUUGGUCCCGUCUGUUUGGAUAAAUAUAGAGGCGCUGGAAGGUUUCCCUAAUAGUUCCUGGUGAAUCAAAGCAGAACCAUAAAGGUUGCUGGACUGCAUGAUGGCCUUACCCCUGAGCAGUCAUCCUGUUAAAGGAGGAACCAGUUAGAAGCUGUUUUCAAAGUAGCUGAGCAGAUUUCAUCUCAACAGACAAAGCCGAUGGCAGAAGAUGUCAGAGAAGAACUUCAGGCCGUGGACUGAAAAGUAGAUCAAAGCAGCUCGUGCUCCUUCUGCUUCCAAUUUAGAAGAAGAAGAAGAAGGCGAAGGCUUCAGCGAAGUGGCGUUCAUGGUCUCAGUGAACAGUCACGGUCACACACUGCAUGUGGUUUUAAAAGCAACAUGUCUGUUCACCACAACAAUGGAGAUGUGUAAUAUUAGUGCAGCUACGGUUUGUUCUUGAACAUCAGUUCUGUUUUCUACUUUGAUCACUUAGACCAAAAAAGUGUUGUUUUCAGAUUCUUUCUUUUAAAUCUAUAAACCACCUGUUCAUUUUUUUUAUUACAAUUAGUUUCACAUAAAUGUUAGUGUUUUCUUUUAUGAUCUUUUAAUGCUUACACUACACUGUACAUGAAAUCAAACCUAAUAAUGAGGCAGAUAACAUUCCUGUUACGAUCCAGACUAGUGGUCUUACUGGGGCCGGUGAACAGGACUGUAAGCUUGCCAUUGUGCCAGUUAAAGUAAAAUCAAAGAGAGGUCAAAGAAUAGUGGAAACGUAUGCCUUUCUGGACCAAGGGAGUUCAGCAUCCUUUUGUACAGUGGGUCUUAUGGACAAGCUGAAUAUUGCUGGGAGGAGGACAAAGAUUCUCCUGCGCACCAUGGGACAGGAGAAAGUGGUGGACAGUUUCAUUGUACCUGAACUUGAAGUUGCUGGAUUGGACAGUGACAUGUACUGUGAUAUGCCUAACCUCUUCACUCAGCAUAAAAUGCCUGUAGAUAUUGGUAACAUCCCAAAUCAACAGGACCUGGUUGACUGGCCACAUUUGAAGCAUGUUCAUUUGCCAGAAAUUAAGGCCAAUGUUGAGCUUUUGAUUGGCAUGAAUAUGCCCAGAGCUCUAGAACCUUUGGAGGUCAUCCGGAGUGUAGGUGAUGGACCCUUUGCCAUUAGGACUGUGCUCGGCUGGACUGUGAAUGGGCCACUUAAUCGAGAAUGCUGUGGAAGGCCAGGAUGUUUGGCAACAGUUACCGCCAACAGAGUUUCUGCUGUCACACUGGACAAGCUAUGGAAACAGCAGUUCAAGAUGGAUUUUCCUGAGAGCAGCAAUGAUGAACAGAUGGGGCUGUCAAAGGAAGACUUGAAGUUCCUGGAAUUGGCCAGCAAGACGGUGACUUUGGGGGAUGGGCACUACAGCAUUGCCCUGCCACUGAAAGACCGAGACAUAAGAAUGCCUGACAACCGUGCAAUUGCUGAGCAACGAGCCUUAGGUUUGAAGAAAAGGUUCAUCAGAGAUAAAGACUUUCAUAAAGACUACACUGCCUUCAUGACAGAUCUUAUAUCUAGAGGAUAUGCAAAGAGAGUCCCAGUCACAGAAUUAGAGCGCCAGAAAUGGGGAAGGAUUAAACGUAACUUUGUUCCUGGAGAUGUGGUCCUUAUAGUGGAUGAUUCUGCACCUCGUGGUUCUUGGCUCAUUGGGAGAGUCACCGGAGCUGCACCAGAUGAAAGGGGGCUUGUGCGUCAGGUCUGGAUUAAGACCCCAACCAGCCAUGUGUGCAGACCCAUCACAAAGAUAUGCCUUCUUCAGGAGGCCUCUGACCCAUGACUAUGACAUUUUUGACACAGUGUGACAUAACUAACUUUGAAUUGACUUUAAUGUUAUGAGAUGUACAUCAGACUGACUAUAUUUAGGCUAAGUGCUGGUAACCUCUGGCCUAUGACUGACUGACCAUGUGCAGACAGAAGAAAAGAAGAGAAGACAUGAGAAAAUAACUUUGGUGGACUUUUGAGUAUGUUAUGUUGUCUCACUGGGUGUCUGUGAUAUGAUGAAGUGUGUGUUGUGAGUUAUGGUGUUGGAUGUGUAAUUAUUACUGUAAAAAUGUAAUAAUUAGGGGCCGGAAUGUUGUGGAUAGGCGUAGCUUUGGGUCACGUGGUGUCAGUAAUAGUGAUUGCUAUAUCACCUGUUCACGGCCCGAGGGAAAUUUUGUGAAUGAGUGGGUAAUGGGGGAAGUCGACUUUUGCUGACCGCUCAAGCGUCCCAAGGCGUUCCCAGGCCAGCCGAGAGAUAUAAUCUCUC